AUGCGUUUGAUAGAUUUAUUGCCAGUGAUUUCUGAAUAUCGAAAACGCUAUGGAAAUUCAUCUCUUGUUCUAUGGAUAGAAUCCAUUCGGUUUCAGGCAAAUGAUAAAAAUGACAAUAAACACGGUAGUGUGAAAGAUAAAUGCUUGUUGAACUAUACAUUUGCUGAUGGAAAAGUUAUAUCUGUAGUUUUCAAAGAAGUUCAAGUUAUGAGCUUUGAUUCAGCUAUUUCAUUACUAAACUUGCUAAAGCGCUUUGAGCAGUUAAAGCAGUUAAAUAAUACAGAAGAUAAUAGAGAAAACAUAAAAAUCGAGGUAUGGCAAUGUUAUAAAACUUCUGAAAAUUUAUUUAUAGUUGAUGUUACUGAUAACGUGAAUUUAUCAGAUUCGGAUUUUCUAAAAAUUCUUGAUAUAAUCUUCAAUUUUCAAUCUAAUUCAAAACAAUAUACAACUGUGCAAUCAAUAAAGAAAAUUAUUUUACCUUUAAGCAUUUAUGGCAAACUGUAUAUUCACUUUGAAUAUGUUGGUGAAUGCAUUAAUCUCAAAAUUUAUGACCGAUUUGGCGUACCGAUUGGUGAAUUCCUGGAUAUUUGCUUAAGAAGAUGGAAGGAAGAUUAUGGUGGGGAAAAUGAUAUCCAAAGAAACAAUCACUAUUCAAACGAAAAAAUUAGCGAUAAAUUCAUGGAAGUCAUUGAGCAUAGAGACUCAAAUUCUUUUAAAACUAACGAUGAAAAAAAUGUUAUCGAUACGACAAAAGAAGAGCAAAUGGACAUAUCAGCUGAUUGUAGGAAAUUCUGCAAAUUUAAAACCAAUAUGCAAACUGAUAUUUUUGCAGAAACUGGAUGCAUGGAAAACCAAGUUCUUCCACAAGACGAUUUCGAUGUUGUGAACGAUACAUUUGCUGAUAGUACCAUAUACGACAAUCGAAACCAACAGUUGCACAAUGGAACGCCAACUUCUUUCUCGCUUGUAAAAAUAAAUACGGAGGGAGCCACAGAAAUAAAGGAGAUAGAAGAAAUUAUUUCCAAUACACUAAAAAAAUUUAUAGCAAAAAAUUUUCAGGAAGAAACUAAAUUUGUUUCAAUUGGAAUGGACUCAAUAAAGUUAGCAUUAUUUGAAGACGCCUUAAGGCGAGUGUUGUUUAAUAAAAUUGAGGUUCCAAACGGUUGUGUAUAUCAGCAUUCGAAUAUCAGAUCCUUAGCGAUCUUCUUAAAUAAUCUUAGAAAUAAAUUGCGAAGCAUAAAACUUCAGAUUCAACCAUCGGAAAGAAAAUUAGAAAAACCAUUGGUGAAUAAGAAAAACCAUAAUUUUAUGAACGAAUUUGAGCGAGAAAGAUAUGAUGAAAUCAUUGGCGAUCUGGAAAAUCUUUUAAAAAAUGAUGAAACUAUUCCACUUACAUCAGCUCAAAAACGUUUCAUUUUUAUCAAUGAAUUGUGGCCCAACUGUGAAAAAUUACAAUUUCAAGAGAAAAUCAUUAUCAAAUUAGAGAAUGCUAAUAUUAAACAACUCGAAAAAGCCAUAAAUAGUCUUAUAGGUAGACAAAAAAUAUUGCGAACAAAGUACCAACGAUAUUAUCAACAAGUCCUUAGCCUUACUGAAUCUUUUUUUGCAAUUAAAAAUCGAUCUAUUAGAGUCGAAAAUAGUUAUUCUGUGAAUAUUUUUGAUGACAUACCACUCGUUAUAAUAAUCGAAUCUGAUUUAUCAAUUUCUAAUCAUUUUAUCCUUCAAAUCUUACUUCAUCAUAUAUCAACUGAUGGCCAUUCAAUGGCUAUUCUAGCGAAUGAACUGUGUGCACUUUAUAAAGGUGAAAUACUGAAUCAAUUAGCCAUUCAUUAUGUUCAUUAUGCAUUAAUCGAAAAGAGGCGCAUGGAAGACGACGCAAAUCUCGAGGCUAAUUCAAGUUAUUGGAAACAGCAGUUCCAAGGAUUUCGUGCAUCAAAAUUUCCAAUUGAUAAGCCUGUGAAAAUAGAUGAAGAAUUUCGUAAAAGCUCUUUAGAAUACAAAUUUCUUCAGCAAACAAUUCAUAAAAUCAACAGUCUCGUCGAUCGUUUUGCUAAAACUGAGUUUAAAGUCAUUUUAUCAAUCUAUUUUAUCUUGAUCAGUAAAGAAUACUGUAUUUCCGAUUGUUGUACAGGAAUUCUCAUAAGCAACCGAUCAACUGCUGAGCUACAAAAUAUCAUUGGAUGUUUCGUCAAUCCACUUCCACUCCGUGUUCAAUUAACCAAUUCAACAUAUAAUUUUUCGACACUUCUCGAUUUAAUUUCACAAUCGCUUGACAAUGGCAUCAAACAUCAGCUACCAUUUGAUGAUAUUGUAAAUGUUGUGAAUAUUGAGCGCAAUUAUACAACUAUUCCUCUCUUCCACACUUUGCUCGUUAUGGAUACAAUUAAUAAUUUUAUUAACAAUAAAAAUUCAUCGUUAAACUGGAAAAUUAUUGAAUACAACUCGACCGGUGGAUUUUAUGAUCAAAUUUGGUAUUUUAUUAAAGAAAAUGAAAAUGAACUAAUAAUUCGAGUUGAAUAUAAUGAAAAUAUUUAUUAUAAACAAUCUAUUGAACGACUUAUUAAUAAAUUUUUAAUUUUAAUUGAUCAAAUUUACGAAAAUCCCAAUCGCAUUUUAGAAAAUAUAUCAAUGGAAAGACGAAUUGAUCUACUAAAAUCGUUUAGAAGAAAAGCGAUGAACCUAUGCGAUUUUCCUAUUAGGCAAACAAUUAUCGAUAUCGCAAUGGAACAGAAUAAAUUAAGCGCUUACUGUAAUUCAUUUAUUUUUGCUGAUAAACGAUUUUCUAAUAUAUGGUGGGAAAAAAUGAGCAAUCAACUGGCGUCGAUGUUAACACAAAUGAUUAUUCAGAGAUACGGUGAACCACCGCAAGUCGAUUCUAUCGCGAUUUUUGUAAUGGAACGAUCAACUGAUAUGUUUUUACUAUUAUUGAGCGCGUGGAAAUGUGGUAUGACUGUCGUACCGCUUAGUAUAGAUUGGCCAGAAGAAAGAUUGUUGGCUGUAAUGAAAAAUAUAAAAUACACGAUAAUUUUUGUUUCCAAAAAAUUAUUAUGUGAAUAUCACUGGAUUUUAGAAGGAGCGAAACUGAUCGCUAACUGUAAAUAUUAUUAUUAUUAUUCAGCUACAAAGCAGAGAAAACGUCAAAUUCCACAUGAUCUGGCUUACAUAACGUAUACUUCAGGCAGUACAAGUUUACCUAAAGGCAUUUGUACUGAAUUGAUCGGCUUGAAUAAUUUAGCCAUGAAUUAUGCAUUCUGUUUCCUACCGCAUAGCGCAAGUCGUAUCUAUCAAGUAGUCAACCCCUCAUUCGAUAUAUUUUUUGCGGAUAUAAUUGAAGCUUUUUGCUUUGGAGGUACAUUGAUCUUCGCCAAGAAUAAGAUUCCUGACUGGUCUGAGAUGGAAUCGAUUACACACGCUUAUAUUAUGCCAGCGUAUUUAUCUACAUUCGGCGAUAACUAUAUUCCAAAUCUCGGCAAAUUCGAGGCAAUUAACUUUGGUGGCGAUAUAAUUCAGACAGGUUUCUUAGAACGAGCCCUUCAGGGAGGAGUUCAAUUAUAUCAACAAUAUGGCCUAACAGAAUCAACGAUCUAUACAACGUGCAAACGUAUGAAAAAGUUUGAUCAACCAUUCAUGAUAGGGAAACCAUUUUUGAACACUGAUAUCAGCAUUCGAAAUCUUGAUAGACAAAGAUUUCCAGAAAAAACGCUGGGUUUUGGCUGUAUAGAAGGUAUUGGCCUUGCUCGUGGUUAUUUUCAAGAUGGCAUAUUAAAGCAAAAAAAUUAUGAAAACCUUAUAGACCAACCCAAAGAAGAAUUAGUUCUUGCCAAAGAAAAGCGAUAUUUAUGGACUGGCGAUAAAAUUGAAAUGCUUAGCGAUCAAGGUGAUCUGAAAUUUCAUGGUAGAAAUGAUACAUUAAUAAAAAUAAGAGGAAUGAUGAUAAAUGUAGCAGAAAUUGAAUACUAUGUUUCUUCAUUAACUUUCAUAGAAUCGUGUGUAGUAAAAUUACAGAGCUUUUCCAAUAAGAACGCAUUUCUUAUUUGUUAUAUUACAUUUAGAAAAGGAUACAAUGUAAAGAACUUUGAAGAUCAAAUACAAACCUAUUUGUUGGAAAAACUUCCAGAGUUUAUGGUACCGAGGAAGUAUUUAGUUGUAAAUCGAAUGCCUCUAAAUUCUAAUGGUAAAAUUGAUCGUUCUAAAUUACCUAUAAUCAAUUUCGAUGAAAAAAUUGAAAAUAAGAUAAAGGCAAAUGAAAAUUUAACCUCAGCUCAACGACGAUUAUGUGAAAUUUUCGCUGAAAUACUCGGACGUAGUCAAAUUUCAAUAAACGAUUCAUUUUUCGAUGUAGGAGGUGAUUCGUUAAAGGCACUAUUUUGCAUACAAAGAAUCCAAAAAGAGCUCGGAAUCGAAAUCCAUUUGAAAGACAUAUUGAAAAAUAUUACUUUCCGACAAAUACUGGAUUCUAUUUUGAUGAAAUACAACCACAAUUGUUCUAAAUACUUAGAAGAACCUAAGCCUUGCAACUCAUUCUGGUUAUUCAAAGAUGGUAUUCCAUUGAAUUUCGGACAAGAGAGCCUGUGGUACUUACAAAAAUAUAACAAGAAUGACCCGAGCUACGUAUUAAAAAUGAGUCUGAACCUGUUGCCCUCAAUAGAUUGCCAGCUCUUAAACAUGGCUAUUAAUUAUAUGAUAAGAAAUCAUGCAAUAUUUCGCACUAUAAUCAAAGAAUUUAGAGUACAACGAAACCCUUCACAAUGUGUUUUAUCUUUAACCGAGUCGUUCAUCAAACUGAGGGACCAGUUGGAAUUCGAUGAGGAGACCUUUCAGAUGAAUAUUUCACCACCAAUAAAGGUCAAUCUGCAACGAAACAAACAUACCACAAAUCUCUUAAUAUAUAUACAUCACAUUUUAACAGAUGGAUAUUCCUUGAAUAUUGCAGUUCAAGAACUUCUUCGAUAUUAUGGAAUUUUGAAACGCAACGGAAUAUCUGCAAAGGUUCUUAGUUGUUGUAGUGGAAUAAGCUAUGCAGAAUUCAGCUAUCGCCAACGUAUUGAAUGGGAAAACAGAUCUGAUGAUGUGAAUGAAUGGGUUGAUAAAUUAAGGAACAUAGAGCCAUUAAACAUAGCGACUGAUUUUCCACGUCCUAACAUAUUUGAUGGACAAGGAAAAGUUUAUUCUCAGAUAUUGAAAAUGCCGCUUGCAAAUAUCAAAGAAUUUUGCAACAUACACAAAUGUACACUAUUCACAUACUUGGUGACUUGCUUUGGACUACUUAUGCGCACUUUAUCUGGUCAAAAUAAAUUCGCUAUUGGCACGCCAUCACUGAAUCGACAGCAAAAUGUCUUGGAUACUAUAGGCUUUUUUGUCAAUAAUAUCGUUAUAUGCUUCGAUCUAAAUUCAUUUACACUCAUUUCUGAUCUUAUAGAAUCUAUUCAACAUGAAAUAAUCAAUGCGCUCGAUCAUCAACACAUUCCAUUCGAACUUAUCGUCAAAAAACUGAAUCCUAUUCGAGAUCCAUCGCGAUCGCCAAUUUUUCAGUAUUCAUUGGUCCUUCAAAAUCAAUUCAUUAAUUCAAUAGAAAACGACGAAAAAAUUUUGCUUAGCGUUGAUGAAAUACAUUCAGGUGGCGCCAAAUUCGAUCAAACGUGGUUUUUUCAUGAGCGCGGAAUUCAUCUAUCGCUUGACAUUGAAUUUUGUACAUCACUUUUUCGGCCUUCAACAAUACAACAAUUUGCUAAAAUAUUUGAAAAUAUUAUGAAAUCAUUGAUAGAAUCGAAGAAAAUUAAUGAUAUGAAAUUUGUAAACGAUGUAACUCAACUGAGAUUUAUACGAUAUGCGACAAUAAACGAAAAUCCAAAUAACACAUCGGUUAAGUGCAACAAACAACCGAAGCGAUUUCAAGGAACUGAAGCAAAACUAUACAAAAUAUGGUCAACUUUCUUGCAAAAGCCAUCAAUCGACGAUGAUGAUAAUUUUUUUGCGAUCGGUGGCCAUUCAUUAUUGGCAGUUAAGAUUUGUAGUGAAAUAUCUCGAGAAUUUAAUAUAGAUUGCCCAAUUCAUAUUAUUUUUAGCCAUCCAACUAUAAAGCAAUUAAUAAAUUAUGUAGACAAUAUCCAUUCGAGGAAUUAUGCAAAUUAUGUCACCAACACAACACCAUUACCUUUAUUCUGCAAACUACAGGAGCCAAUAUUAAAAAUGUUUUUUAGAAAUCAACCGAAUUUCAAUAUGAAAGCAUAUGAGACGGGCUUUACUGUUCAAAUUGAAUCUCUAGAUGUUAAGAGUUUGCGAAACAUUUUGAAUCGGAUUAUUAUGAGGCAUUCUAGCCUAAGAACAAAAUUCGCUUAUAGCAACAACCACUUCUAUCAGGAAAUUUACUCAGGCAUUGAAGCUUUUAUACCUAUAAUCGAUUAUUCCGCUGAAUUUUCUGAUCUAUCCGUGCCUAAACCUCUGCUCGAUAUUUCUCUUAUAUGCGUAGCUAAAAACAUAAGCGAACUUAUAACUGAUGUAAAAUUUCUGGUUAAUCAUGUCUUAGCCGAUGGCCGUUCUAUGGAAAUUAUUCAGGAAGAAUUAUGUCAGAGUUAUUUCCAUGGAAGAAAAUUGCCCAAAAAUACCACCACUUACAGCCAAUUUUCAAGCGAUUUUAAUAAAAAAGUCGAAUCAUUCGAGAAAAUUUUUCAGUAUUGGCAAACAAACAUAAAAAACAUACAAACCGAUCAAAUACAAACGGACAAAAUCAGAUCUCCAAUCAUUUCAAACAAAAGUGGAUAUGUUGAAAGAAGAUUCAUUGGUCUGGGAGAGGUCAUAAUGAAAUUGGCCCAAUAUUUUUAUUGUUCGCCAACGGCUAUUAUUUUGGCAGGUUUUCAUCAGAUUUUUGCCCUUCGUAAACCAGCAAAAUCAGCAUCAUUAAUCGCUUUCCCAGUUGAUAUGCGAUUCAAUUCAGCGGACCAAUGUGUUGGUCAUUGUGUUAAUAUCUUACCACUUAUCAUAAAAUUUUGCGAUUGCUUUAAAAAAUUAUGUAAGAAUAUAAUGAUACAAAUUCAUGAUAUACUAGAAAAUUCGUUUAUUCCAAGUGAAAUUAUCAGCGAAUUAUUGGAAAAUAAACAUACUCAGCUAUCGAUAAUGAUUUCGGUCAAUACUAUCGAGAAGAACUCCUUAAAUUCCAAUAAAUUUCGAUUAAUAAACGAAAAUUCUGGCUAUACAAAAUAUGAGUUAACUAUAUUUGUGACACAUUGUGAUGAAACAAUAGAUAUCAAAGCUGAAUUCAUGCAUGAAAUUUUUUUUACGGAAAACAUUGAAUUAAUGAUUGUCGAAUGGGCAAAAUUUAUUACUAGAGAAGCAAGAAAUUGGUUAACUCCGAGGAUCGCGAAAAUAGAGAAAAUUCAAAAUUCUCCACUGGGCUAUAAUAAAAAUUUACUAACAAGUGAGCCCAACCGUUCAGAGAUAACAAAAACAAGCCAAGGAAAUCUGCAAUCUUUGGAUUAUUGCAAAAUACCUUCAGAAAAUUUAGAAUCAGAAAACUCUGGUAAAGAUACUGUCGAACUAAAUGCAAAUAUUCUAAACGAUUUGCCUCGAUUCACUUUACCUGAAUUUUUGCGAAAUACAGCUCUAUAUGCAGCGACCAACAAAUCAUUUUACAACGAAACCACCAAAAUUACCUAUAACUCAAUGAUAUCGAGAAUUGAUCAAAUAUCAAACGUUCUUGAGCAAAAAUUGUUGCAACUAACUGGAGAAGUACUUCGACCCGAUUGUAUUCUACCAGUCGUGGCAAAAAAAUCACUUGAUAUACUAAUAGUUUGCCUCUCAAUAGUUUAUAGCGGUUGUGCUUACUUACCAAUUGAUAUUAAAAAUCCUAAACAUCGUAUCAAUGAAAUUUUAGACCAGCUAGAUGGUCAAGUCUACAUCUCUGAUUAUAAAAUUCACACUGAUAGCCGCCGUGCGAUAAAUUUUAACUAUCUUAAUGGCGGUUCGACAAGAGAAUUCUUUAUACGAAAGCAAUUCAAGCGGCUAAGAAAUAAGCCAGAUGAUCUAGGAUAUGUAAUUUUCACUUCAGGCUCAACAGGUCGUCCUAAAGGUGUUGCUAUAAAACAAUUAGCCAUCAUCAACGUGGCCGUACAGUCAACGCAAAAUUUCUAUGUGAAAUCCACAGAUAGUGUUUAUCAGUUCACAAAUUUUGCAUUCGACAAUAGCGUUUUAGAAAUGAUUAUGGCCUUAUCGAAUGGCGCUGCAAUAUUUGUAGAAGAAACUAUGUUUGAGAUAAAAAGAUUUUUUCAAGAAGUCGAACGCUCAAAAAUCACGCAUGCUUUACUCUUUCCUGGACUAAUUCAUACAUUCACCAAUGAAGAAAUCGCUAAACUUUCACUAUUACGCUAUUGGAUAGUUGGAGCUGAAAAAUUAGAUGAUGAAACAUUGAAUAUAGCUCUAGAAUCUGGCGUUCGAGUGAUUCAGAAUUAUGGUCCCACCGAAACAACAACCUAUGCAAUUUUUAAGCAUAUGAGAUACGGAGAUCGUGGUUGCAAUAUAGGAAAGCCAAUAGCUAAUGUCCAUUUAAGCAUCGUAAGCGACUGCGAAACUCAGUCUCCUCUCUUCGUUAAUGGCAAAUUAAUUAUUGAAGGUGCCUGUUUGAUGAGAGGUUAUCUCAAUCAGGAUCAGAUGAAAAUAAAAGAAAAGAUUAAAAGCUUCGAUACUGGAGAUAUAGUGAAAAUUUUGCCGGACAAAAAUUGUAUCUUCAUUGGCAGAUCCGAUCGACAGAUAAAAAUUCGCGGUUUUCGAGUUGAAAUCUCGGAAAUUGAAGGUGUUAUACGACAAAUCAACUGGGUUCGGCAAGUACGAAUUAUCUACAAAAAACAUGAACAGAUUUUAAAUGCAUAUUUAACAUUGGUGAAUGGUUUAGAACAUGAAUUUAAUUCGGUUUUUUUGAGAAAUUUCUGCUUAAAUCGUCUUCCGUAUUAUAUGGUACCCGGAAAUUUCUAUCCUAUUGAACAAUUUCCACUGACAUCAAACGCAAAGGUCUCUUUGGAUGAAUUAUUGAUGAAAUAUGAAAAUUGUAUAGAGCAAAAAAAGAUUCCAGAAUCAGUCGUCGAGUUUCGAAUUUGGUUGCUUUUCAAGGAAAUUCUUAAAAUCGACAACAUAUCAACUACGGACGAUUUUUUCUUAUUAGGCGGUAAUUCAUUAAGUGCAACGAAACUUUCGAAUAGAAUAUCGAAUGAAUUUAGUCGAAAAUUAGAAACGAAUGAUAUUUUUCGACUUCGUACAAUCAAAAGCCUUUCUUUGAUAUUAGCAAAUGAUAAAGAAGAAAUUUUAAACGAAAACGAUUCGAAACUGAUAACUAAUGAAAUACAACAACAACAACGUAUCGAUGAACUGAUAAAGUUGAAAAAUUUCGAUAUUAGAAAAAUUCCUUUAAGUUUUCAACAAGAACAAAUGUUUUUUUUGAGUGAAACAAAUCAAAAUGAAUACUACAAUUUACCUUUUGUUCAAUUUUUUGAACGAAACGUCAAUUACCGACACUUACGUCUCGCAUUUCUUCGUCUUAUUAUGCGGCAGAACUCGUUACGAACAUUUUUUACAGAAACUGCAUAUGAAUUUUUUCAAACUGUCCUCUCGGGCACUGAAUCGUAUUUUCAUCCUCCACUAAAAGCGUACUCUGCUAUUACUCUCGCAUCAGAUAUAAAAUAUUUAAGAAAACAACUUCCUAAAUUCAAAAUAGAACCGCCCGUACAAUGCGCUAUUUACUACGAUAACGAUUCAAGUCGAUUCGUGGUCUUACUUAUUAUUCACCACAUAAUAAGUGAUGCAUGGUCAACGAGGCUUAUCGAAAGCGAAAUGAGCGAACUUUAUAAGGAAAUUCAGCGCGGAAAAUUUUGCGAUAAAAAAAUUACCUAUUCAUAUGCAAAUUUCGCUCAAAUACAAUCUAAUAAUGCGAAAAAUUUGAUUUUAUUAAGCGAAGAAUAUUCGGAAAAAUUUGUGAAUUUUGUGAUUAAUGAACGAAGUUGUCUUACAUUUUGCCAUAGUAAUUCAGAUAAAGUCGAAUUCAAUGAAUGCAGCGAAAUUCGAUUCAUUUUAUCAGAGCAAAAAAAACUUAUAGAUAUUUGCAAUUUUAUGGCGACAACACCAUUUGUGAUUGCUCUUGCAAAUGUUCUGCUCAGCCUUCAUCGAAUCAGCACGUUGGACACAAUUCUUGUCACAGCGCCUAUCGCUAAUCGUACGGGAAACACGCAUAUAUUGGUGGGGAAUUUUCUCAAUAAUCUUUUGAUAGAUUCGCACUACAAAAGCGAACAAACGAUAAAUGAUUAUAUCAAAAAUUUAAAUAUCAAUAUUGAUAAGAUUCGUAAAUACGAAAUCGUUCCAUAUUGUUUGAUAAUCCAAUCAUUCACUCGACGUUUGUCGAAACUAUCGUAUAAAAAACGUUUAGCACUCACCGAAUUAUAUUUUAAUUGUCGUUAUGAACUCGAAGAUGGUUCGACGAAUUAUUUGCUUACAAUAUCCGAAAACGAUUUUAGACCUUCUUCGCUUUGUGUUUAUCCACUUGAAAUUGACGUUGAUAUGCUUCACGGUAAUAUUCAAUAUACGUUUCGAAUUCGACCAGAAAUCGGCAGUCAAAGCGAUUUGAUUCUUCUUAAGGAAUGCGUACAAGAAAUUUAUGAACAAUUCAUGGAUUUAAGCAAAUCGUAUGAAAUUGGAAAAAUUGAUAAUCAAAGAGAAUUGGUACUAGAAAAAAUUGACCAAAGGCAACGUGUAAUGGUACCACAAAAUAAUUUGCUCGAUGAGUCGAAGAAACAAAUAAAAUCUGAAAAUCUCUUAUCAAUACGAUCAAUAAAUGAUAAAAUUUAUAUUUCUGAAGACGAAAUCACUUCAGAAUUAAAAUUAAUUUGGAAAAAAUGCUUAAAUAAUGAUUUAAUUAAUGAAAAUUUUUUUCUAAGUGGUGGAAAUUCACUUUUAUGUUUAAAAUUAAAACGAAUGAUUAGUGAUAAAAUGAAUGUUGAAAUUCCUAUCGAUGAAAUUUUCGAAAAUUCAAAUUUAAUACAAAUGUCGCAUUUAAUUUAUUUAAAAAAAAAAGAAAUUUAUAAAAAAUUUGAUAAUUAUCAAUCGAAUAAUAUUCUAAUAAAUUUCACCGAUAAAUUCGACGAAUAUCAUUCGAAAAUUAUCGUUUUUUUUCAUCCUUUAGUUGGUGGCGUUAUUUUGCCAUAUUUAUCAGUUAUUCGUAAAUUAACUAAAUCACUAAAAAAUUAUCGAAUAAUUGGAAUUCAACAUCCGAAUACAUUUCAAUUAAAAUUGAUAAAAUCGAAAUAUAUACGAACAAUAAAUUGUUUAUGUUGUGAAUAUAUUAAAAUACUUAAACAAAUCGUUCAACAAAGUAGCGAUUCAGUUUUUAUUGGUGCUUCGCUUGGUGGAAUUCUUGCUUAUGAAUGUGCCAUUCAACUGGGCAAAAAUGGAAUUUAUGUAAACAGGAUAAUCUGCAUUGAUGGAAACGCUCAACCAUCAUCAAUUCCUCCAAUAACUUUCGACGAACAUGUGCAGCAAAUGAGCGAUUAUAUGAGCAGAUUUGAUAAAAAUGAGGAAUUCAACGAGGAAAUUCGUAAUGCUGCCAUCAAUUCCUCAUGGGAACUCCUCAAGAUGGUCAAAUUUUAUGUGCCUGAAUCGAAUGAAAGAAUUGAAUUAUAUCUUCUGAAAACGGAGAAUGAAAGUGACGAAGACGAUUAUGGAUGGUCGAAACUGUGUCAAACGUCGGUAUUGAAAAUUAAUGGAAAUCAUCAAAAUAUGCUGGAUGAUGUAAAUUCUGAUUCUCUUGCAAAAAUUAUUGUCGAAAUUAUCACCAAAAUCUAG